UAAAAAAAUCAUUUGUAUCUUCAAUCUUGUAAUGCCUAAAGAUAUUGUUGUUUCAGUAAAACACUCGUUACAAAAAUUUAGUUAUUAAACAUUAAUUUUAAUGUUUGUAAAUUGAGAGAUCGACAAUCAAAUCUUAUAUUAUCUACUACCUAACAUUUACGUCAGAACAAAAUGCAUCGCAAUUUACCUCAAAAUAAAGAAGCGUUACUUAAAUCAUAUACAACUCGAUUAAAAGAAGACGUUAAAAGUAUGCUAGAAAACUUUGAAGAAAUCAUUAAGCUAGCUAAAGGUGAUAAUGAAUCUCAGCUUAAUAGAAUGACCCAAAUUGAACAAGACACAUUUGAAAUGCAAGUCAGAGCUGCUAAUAUUGUUCGAGCUGGAGAGUCCCUUAUGAAACUAGUAUCAGAUAUUAAACAGUAUUUAAUUCUUAAUGAUUUUCCAUCUGUAAAUGAAGCUAUUACUCAAAACUCAAAGUUAUUCAGAACUAAACAGCAAGAAUGUGAUCAAAAACUUAUGUCACUCAAAGAUGACAUAGCAGCUGAUUUGUAUGAUUUAGAAGAUGAAUAUUUUACUAGCAUAUAUAAAUAAAUAUGAUUAGUACAAUUAAUAUAAUUAAAAUAAUUUUAU